AUGUACGCGGAGGGAAUCACGCCAGACACUGAGCCAGACGAGUGCCAGAAGAAGACAUCAUGCUUCUCCAACAUCAAAAUAUUCCUCAUAUCAGAAUGUGCCUUAAUGUUGGCACAGGGCACUGUAGGAGCCUAUCUGGUCAGUGUCCUCACCACAUUAGAGCGCCGUUUCAACUUGCAGAGCGCUGAUGUGGGUGUGAUCGCCAGCAGCUUUGAGAUUGGCAACCUUGCCCUCAUCCUAUUCGUCAGCUACUUUGGGGCCAGGUCCCACCGGCCGCGGCUGAUUGGUUGUGGGGGCAUCGUAAUGGCACUGGGGGCAUUACUGUCAGCGCUGCCUGAGUUCUUGACCCACCAGUACGAAUAUCAGUCUGGAGACCCACGACCUGUGGGACAGGGACAGGAUGUGUGCUCCAAUACUAGUCAAGCAGGGCUCUCUGACCCUAGUUACAUUUGUGGGAAUAGAACCAAUACCAACAUGAUGUACCUGCUGCUGAUCGGAGCGCAAAUGCUUCUGGGGAUUGGAGCGACACCCGUACAGCCUCUCGGCGUGUCUUACAUUGAUGAUCACGUCAGACGAGAAGACUCUUCCCUUUAUAUUGGAAUAUUAUUCUCUACACUGGUGUUUGGGCCAGCGUGUGGUUUUAUUCUUGGCUCUCUGUGCACCAAAGUUUAUGUUGAUGCAUUCUUCAUUGACACAACCACGCUGGACAUUACUCCAGAUGAUCCACGCUGGAUCGGUGCCUGGUGGGGCGGCUUUAUCAUCUGUGGCCUUUUCCUCUUCCUCUCCUCGCUUUUCAUGUUUGGGUUCCCGCAGUCGCUGAACGAGCCUGGGGACGGCCCGGGCGGCGAGAGCGAACAGGCCAUGCUGCCUGCUGAGCUGGUGCAGGAGUAUGAAGGAGUCAAAGCCUCAGAUGACCCAGAGAUCAACGCUGGCCUCACCUGCUGCCAGCACCUGCAGGUUAUCCCUAAGGUGACUAAGCAUCUGCUGUCCAAUCCGGUGUUCACCUCUGUCAUUCUCGCGGCCUGUAUGGAAAUCGCUGUGGUGGCUGGAUUUGCCGCCUUCCUAGGGAAAUAUCUCGAACAGCAGUUCAACCUCUCAACGUCCUCCGCCAAUCAGCUCCUAGGCAUGACGGCCAUCCCCUGUGCUUGUCUGGGUAUUUUCCUGGGUGGGCUCCUGGUGAAGAAGAUGAAUCUGUCUGCGUUAGGGGCUAUUCGUCUGGCUAUGCUAGUCAAUAUCAUCUCUACGGCCUGCUACGUCUCCUUCCUCUUCCUUGGCUGUGAUACGGGCCCGGUCGCUGGGGUUACCGUUGCCUAUGGCAAUGAGAGUCUGGGUGCAUGGGAGCAGACGGAGGCCGCAUGUUUUUCAGGCUGUAAUUGUUACACGUCUUCUCUGAGCCCCGUUUGCGGCUCCAACGGCGUCACCUACCUCUCGGCCUGCCUGGCUGGCUGCACCAAAACCAAUCUGACGGGCUGUAAGUGCAUUGGCCAUGGUGACGGGCCUGGUACAGCCAUGCCGGGGAAGUGCUCCAACCCAGGCUGUCAGCAGGCCUUCCUCACCUUCUUAGCAGUUGUGUGCGCAUGCAGCAUGAUCGGAGCCAUGGCCCAGACACCAUCCGUUAUCAUCCUGAUCAGAACUGUGAGCCCAGAGCUGAAGUCAUAUGCCCUUGGAGUUCUCUUCCUGUUGCUCCGGCUGCUGGGUUUCAUUCCUCCACCUCUGAUCUUCGGCAUUGGGAUUGACUCCACCUGCCUACUAUGGAGCUCCGUGUGCGGCAUUAAAGGGGCCUGCAUGCUUUACGACAACAUAACCUACCGUUACCUUUACGUCAGCAUCGCCAUCGUUCUCAAAUCCAGCGCCUUCAUUCUCUAUGCCGUCACCUGGCAGUGUCUGCGUCAGAACUACUCCAGGUACAUAAAGAACAGUGAGGACUACCUGACCCCAAGCCAGCUGUUCGCCUCCAACCUCACCCUCGACAACCUGGGCAAGGACAUUGCACAGAACCCUUCCAGCCGCACCAAGUUCAUUUACAACCUAGAGGACCAGGGCUGGAGCGAGAACAUGGAGUCAGCUAUAUAGUACCACCCCAAAGAGGGCCAGCCAGCCUAUAUGCACAUGAUCAUUUAAUCUCAUAUCGCUUUUAUUCAAAAGAAAGUCCAUAUAUAAGCCGAUUUCUGCACAUUCCCGCUGCCUGGGAGAAAUGGGCUCUCUUUUAGCUCAUCCAGGGUGUAUGAACUAAACAGAGCCAAAUCAAUUUGACUGUUACUGUAGUCACGACGUGUAUAUGCUGGAUAUAUGAUAUGUGGAGAUGGAACACAUCCAUUAUAUUAGGGGCAGUGGCAGUUCCAAAACUGAAAAAAAUUAUCUUCCAUCAGUCGAAACUAGCCCCAGCUUACAUAUACAAGCACCUUUUUAGGUUUUAUUUUGGAUGGUCUUUUUAGCAUUUUAUUUAUUUUAUGAAAUGUAAAGAAUAUAGCAUAUAAGUUCUAUGAAUAUUAACAUAUGUUUACUUGAAUAUUGUGAGGCUAUGGAAAUUUCUGUCUAUUUUUAUGGAGGGUCUUAGAAAGCUUGAUGUUAUUUUAUUAAUAUCUCCUCUGUACAGGCAUUAGACUACUAAAAACGUAGAUACAAGUGCAGAGUUCACACACUUCAUGUAACCUAUUAAUCAACCUAAAUACAUAAUAGUGAACCAUUUAGGCCCAUGUCUGUGAAAACGUAUAGCUUGAAUAGAAAAAAAAGGUUCAUUUGUUUUCUGAGGCCUCGUUAUCUGUCGCCUGCAGUGGUCCUGAACAACAUCUGAACUAAAGCAACAUGCAGCAUUAAUCAAUAGUUGUUGUUAUCAAGCAGAGGACACUGAAGGACGGAAGGAUGGAUUUAUUUAAAUGCAUGCAGGUAUUGCACGUUGAUGCAUCAGAGCAGGCGCAUGGGAAUUUUAAGAGAUCAAUUGUUUUGGUAAAGGGAGACAUUUCCUUUCUAUUACACCAGCAUCUUCUUAAGUGGUCUUUUAUAAUGGUAUUAUGGCGCCUUGCAUACAUUUUUCUUCCAAUCUGUCAUCAACAUGUUCGCUUGGAAGGAAAUCCGCUUGGAAGACCAAAUGCUAGGAUUAAAAAAGUUUUACAACAUUAAAGAUAUUUCUUUAAAUUUACCAUAUAUAAACAUAAGGAUAUGAUGUAUGAACUACUAAAAUAUCGAUCUGAGUUACAUAAAAUAAUACUUUAAGCAAAAAUUUAAAAAGGACUUAUUUCGAACAUUUUUGUAUGACAUUGGUUUCAUAUACUUAUGAAUUAUUUUGUAGCCUAUGCCUUUUCUAAAAAAAAAAAAAAAAAAAAAAAAAAAA